AUGUAUACGAAGCCUCCUCAUUUCGACGUUGCUUUCGCUAAUAUUGUUGCCCACUCCACGAUUACCAUUCACCUUUGGCCAAUACUCAUGGAGGCGCUUGAUUCGUUUCUUGACCGUUUAGAGCAGGUCGUAGAUCCCAUCAAGAAGCAGAAUCAACACUUGCACGUCAUCGCAAAAUGGGCCAACGAGGUUCUCAGGCCGACGCUGGCGAGUGUGGUAGAGCGAAUGGAGUAUCCUAAUAGCGAUGCAAAUACCAAUACUCCAACACAGGUGGCGGCUAUCCUUCAACCAGGUGGCACCCCUCCCUCUCAACCUCAAACACCAAAAGCGCUUACAGCCGUUGGGGCAAGUCCUACUCUUAGUGGAUCAAGUUCUGCUCAUUCUCAGACCUUGGACGCUACAGCGGUAGCGUCUAGUAAUUUUGCCUCACCCUCUAGCUUUCGAUUAGGUGCCACCCCUCCUUCCUCUCAACCCCAAACGCCUAUUACAGCCGUUGGGUCAACUUCCGCUUCAAGUAACUCGCCGUAUACCAGCUCUCAGUCUAUUACUGACCUUUUGGCGACCUCUCACUCAGAUAUGCUUGCUCCUAAAGCGGACCCCACCUCUCAACAGAACUUGGGACUUGGCGCACCUUCAGUUGGGCGGGGUCGUGGUAGGGUUGCGCCACGUCCCUCUGUGCGUGUCGCUAGUGUUGAUAUGAGUCUGAUUAACGGUGCCUUCACAUCGAAUAAGAAAGGGAACAAUAUUGAGGGAAGGGAGCCGGAUAACAAGAACGAGAAAGAAUUUGAACUCCCUAAGAUUACGGCUCUUGCAUAA